AUUAAUGAACUUGGCGCAAAAGCCUGUGAUUGGCUUACAUGCCCAGUUUCCAGGACAACUCAAAACACAAAUGGUUUCAUUAAAGAACAGUUGCUUAUGUGUGAAGUUCUCGUUUAGGAUUUCUUGACCUCGUUUUAUCCUAGAAAACAUAUAUUUGAAUGUUGCCUUACAACCGGGGACUUAAUUGACACGUGAUUUUCUAGCUUGUUUUUAGCCAGAAAUACUUAAACUAAAUUCCCAUUCUCAUGGAUGGGAAUGCAGAGCAGAAAGAGAAUGAUCCUGGGUCCAAUCCCAACAUUGAAAACACAGAGCUGAAGAACGAUGAGCAACUCCAGCAUACACCGGCUGAAGAGCCCUCAGAAGAGGGCAAAUCCACUAAUGCUGAUUACUGUAAGAAUAAAGCUGACACGGCUACAGAUGAGGCUGAGGAGGUGGUAGCAGUGGAGCAGAGUGGGCAAGAGUCUGAAAAAGCUUUAGGGGAACAGGCAACAGAGCGUAUCUCGGCUGAGACAGAGGGAGGGAACCCAGCCGCUUCUGAGCCAGGAGAGGGCGCUGGAGAUGAGUCACCCACAGGACCUAACCUACCAACGAGUGAGACAUUCGAAGAGGGAGAGGUCCCGGAGAUGAAGCCUCUAAUAGGGGAGCCUCUCUCCCGCGAGGGGAGCCUCACACUCGAAGAUGUCGACAACAACAAUGAUGAUGAAGACGGACCGCCAAAACUAGACCCAGGGACUCCCGAAAGGGAGAGUUCUGUGCAGGUUGAGGAAAAGGGUCCCUCUGUAACCAAAGAGACGGGCCCCAGCAUCGACUACAAAGAGUACAUGAACUUCCUUUAUGAGUUGCAGGCGGAGAAGGACAAACUGAGCCAGGUCAACGGUCAGCUCCAGAUCAAGCUGGUGGAGUACUUCCGCAAGAAGACUGGUGAUGACGCACGUCCUGAGAAGGAGAAAGCCGUGUCGGACCAGGAGCAGCGCUACCAGAAGUACAUGGCCAUCAUGGAGGACCUGAAGUGGCAGCACCGGCUGGACUCGGAGGCAGCCCAGCAGCAGGCAGAGGAGCUGAGGCAGCAGAGCCAGGAGAAGCUGGGCCAGCUGGAGACCGAGUGGAGCGCUUUUAUGGCACUGAAGCGCGACAUGGCCGUGACGGCCCUGAGCCGGCGCCUUGGGAAACAGGCGGCGGUGGUCGAGGUAGAGCAGAUCCAGGCGGCCGAGCAGCGGCGCCAGAAAGAGCUGGUCACCGUGCGCCUGGAGAAUAUCAAGCUAAAGAACAAGACGCGCAAGUUUGAGGCCACACUGCGUGCUAAGGAGAUGCUCGCUGAGGGCCUGCACCUCAUCGACUUUGAGCAGCUGAAGAUAGAGAACCAGACGUAUAAUGAGAAGAUAGAGGAGCGCAACGAGGAGCUCCUUAAACUGCGCAAGAAGAUCACCAGCACAGUCCAGGUACUAACCCAUGUGAAGGAGAAGCUCCAGUUCGUGCAGAUGGAGAACCAGGCCAAGCGGGCCCAGUUGGCUGAGGUGGAAGUGGUGGUGGCCAGGAAGAGGGAUGUGCUGACCAGGACCAAGCAGGCCAGGGAUGGCCUCCGUAUGGACAACCUGAAGCUGCGCCAACGCUGCGGCCUGCUGGGCAACGAGAUCCUGCUGAGGGACUUUGAGGAGAAGGUCGACGCCUCAGACGACCUGGAGGAGAGGCUGGAGGGGCUGAAGAGGAGGCACGCAGAGCUCAUACUGAAGUGUGCCGGGGUCAAGAAGAAACUGGAGUACACCAAACCCUAACCCAAACCCUAAUCCAAACCCUAACCCUAACCCAAACCCUAACCCAAACCUUAAUCCUAACCCAAACCCUAAUCCUAACCCAAACCCUAAUCCUAACCCAGACCCUAAGCCUAUCUCAAACCCUAAGCCUAUCUCAAACCCUAAUCCUAACCCAAACCCUAAUCCAAACCCUAACCCUAACCCAAACCCUAACCCAAACCUUAAUCCUAACCCAAACCCUAAUCCUAACCCAAACCCUAAUCCUAACCCAGACCCUAAGCCUAUCUCAAACCCUAAGCCUAUCUCAAACCCUAAUCCUAACCCAAACCCUAAUCCUAACCCAGACCCUAAGCCUAUCUCAAACCCUAAUCCUAACCCAAACCCUAAGCCUAUCUCAAACCCUAAGCCAAACUGAAGUGUGGAAAUCGAGGAGCGGAGGCGAGGAGAGGAAACAUGGAAACAAUAUGUUUGUAGGAAAUGAGACUCCUUCUCCACUCAGGCAAAUGACAUUUACAGCGGUAGAAUGAAACGUGUAAAGUGCUAAGGCUAGAUGUGCAAGACAUGUUAUAGAUGUUAUAGAUUAAAAGAAAAGUAGCGUGUUGUUUUGAAAUGUGUGCAUGUAAGCAACAGUUGAUUCAAAGGGGGAGUGGCAGAUUUCAAAACUCCUCUGCAGAGCAAACACAGAGGAGGCACUUCAGUAUCCAACGCGAGAGGAGUUUAUAGGCAGGUAGGAGUCUUUGCGAAGUCUGGUGACAUGAUAAGUGAGGGUAGUAACCAAGGGGAUGGAACUCGGAGGCAGGGUUGGAGGCGGGGACUACUUGGGGCAACUUCACGUCUGGUUGGCUGGGGGUUACUCCUCGGUUCACCUACUAACAAAUUGACACUCUCCUCGACCACUUAUUGGUUUCCAGGUCACAGAGGAAAGAAGGACUGAGGAGUCAAGGAGAGGACAGACUUUUCCAAUUGAGAAUCUCCCAAGGUCUAUAUGAUCAGUCAGAAAUCACCAACUGGUCAUAGAAGGAAACCAUAUGUAUUAUAAUAAGUAGUCUGUUAUUUUAUUUGCUGACAUGUUUUAGUUGUUUUGCAUUUACAACCCCUGAUAAUAUAAUAACAGUUGUCAUGAAGGAAAUUGUCAUACUCAAGGUUGGUGAGCGGUUUAUUUGCAACUAGUUUAAGUUGUCUCUUGUCUUUAAAAUGUGAAAUUCAAAUUACAUUAUCAAAUUUC